CCAGAAUCUACUCGUCCCAUAAUCUGACCUAUACUUCCCUGGCUGGGAUUCUCUUUUCAAUCCCAUGGAUGACAUUCAAACUCCUUUAAUAAACUCUUCUCACACUACUUCCAAAGCUGCUGCAAAUUCAUUCUCGUUUCACUUUUGUUCUGAUUUCAGUCCAACUUCAAGCUGUGUUUCUCAAGUUGAGAUCACUAAAUACCAUAAUCUCAAAUUCUGUCACUUUUGCCGAUCUCCUUGCUAGCACCAAAGGUCAUAAAUUUCACAUUGUCAUUUUCCCAUCUCUUUUUUAUCAUCAAUGUUGUUUUCUUCACUUUUUUCCUCUAAUUUCUGUCCCUCUUUUACAUGGAAAUUUGAUUGUUGUUGAAAAGAAGGUUAUGGUUCUCAUAUUAUUCCAUAUGGCAGUUUAGAUUGGUAAACCAUGAUGUAGAUAACAGGAUGCCUGGGACUUCAGUCCUUCAGCAAACCAAGUUCUUUUCACUACCUGCAGAUCCACCACAAAGCCCAGAGUUGAGUUUGAGGUUGAAGGAGCAAGAGUGCUUUUCUAUCCUGAAGAGGUGCAAGAACAUGGAAGAAUUCAGGCAAGCUCAUGCCCAGAUCGUCAAGUGGGGUUUCUUUUGGAACUCCUUUUGUGCAAGCAAUCUAGUGGCUGCGUGUGCCCUCUCAGAUGGUGGUAGCAUGGACUAUGCCUGUUCAAUUUUUCAACAAAUUGAUGAACCGGGUACUUUUGAAUUCAAUACCAUGAUUAGAGCUCAUGUCAAAGACAUGACCUUUGAGGAAGCUUUAGUUUUUUAUUAUGAGAUGCUUGAAAAAGGAGUUGAGCCUGAUAAUUUCACUUAUCCUGCUCUUUUCAAGGCAUGUGCCUGUUUACAGGCACAAGAAGAAGGAAAGCAAAUUCAUGGGCAUGCAUUUAAGCUUGGCCUUGAAAGCGAUUUGUAUGUGCAGAACAGCUUGAUCAAUAUGUAUGGCAAAUGUGGGGAGAUAGAACAUUCUUGUGCAAUCUUUGAGCAAAUGGAUCAAAAGAGUGUUGCUUCUUGGAGUGCUAUUAUUGCAGCACAUGCUAGUUUUGGAAAAUGGUACGAGUGCUUGAUGAUGUUUGGGAACAUGAGUAGUGAGGGAUGUUGGAGGCCUGAAGAAAGCACACUGGUUACUGUGCUCUCUGCUUGUACUCAUUUGGGUGCUCUUGAUUUGGGGAAGUGCACACAUGGGUCCUUGCUGAGGAACAUUAGUGAACUCAAUGUUAUAGUACAGACAUCCUUGAUGGACAUGUAUGUCAAAUGCGGGUGUUUGGAGAAAGGUCUAUCACUCUUUCGGAAAAUGGGCAACAGGAGCCAAAUGUCCUAUACUGUAAUGAUUUCAGGACUUGCCAUGCAUGGACAUGGUGCGGAAGCUCUAAGGAUAUACUCAGAGAUGCUCAAAGAUGGUCUGGACCCGGAUGAUGUUGUCUACGUGGGUGUAUUAAGUGCUUGCAGUCAUGCUGGCCUUGUUGAUGAGGGCUUCCGAUGCUUUGACAGAAUGAAAUCUGAGCAUGGUAUAACACCAACAGUUCAGCAUUAUGGUUGCAUGGUAGACCUCAUGGGAAAAGCUGGGAUGAUCAAUGAAGCUCUUGAAUUUAUCAAGAGCAUGCCUAUCAAGCCCAAUGAUGUGGUCUGGCGGAGCCUUCUCAGUGCUUGUAGAGUUCAUUGUAACUUGGAAAUAGGAGAGAUUGCAGCUAAGCAUCUUUUCCAGUCAAAGUCACAAAAUCCUGGUGACUAUGUGAUACUAUCAAAUAUGUAUGCACGAGCUCAAAGGUGGCAGGAGGUGGCUAAAAUUCGGGUGGAAAUGGCGAGAAAGGGUUUGCACCAGGUGCCAGGUUUUAGCCUGGUUGAGGUGGGGAGAAGAAUCCACAAGUUUGUUUCACAAGACACGUCUCAUCCUCAAUGCGUAAGUGUCUACGAGAUGAUUCACCAGAUGGAAUGGCAGCUAAAAUUUGAAGGUUAUUCCCCAGAUACAUCACAGGUAUUGCUUGAUGUAGAUGAAGAAGAGAAGAGACAGAGAUUGAAAGGCCAUAGUCAGAAGUUAGCAAUUGCAUUUGCGCUCAUACAUACAUCUCAGGGUUCUCCUAUAAGAAUAGCUAGAAACCUCAGGAUGUGCAAUGACUGUCAUACGUAUACCAAACUAAUAUCCCUCAUCUAUGAACGUGAAAUUACAGUAAGAGAUCGUAAUCGGUUCCACCAUUUUAAAGAUGGCACUUGUUCUUGUAGGGAUUACCGGUGAAAUGAUAAAAUUCCCAUCAUCAUCAUUUCCUUC